AUGAUGCGCAACGUGCUGGGGCCGUCGACCAGUGCGGCCGACAUUCACGAGCCGCCCGCAAAUGUCGCCAGCAAGGUGGCGGAAGUGUUCCUCACGGCUGGCCACGCCUUCCAACGUCUAGGCGACCUCACCCUUCAGCUACACAGCGCAGAUGAUUCAGAGGAAAGUAAAUGGGCUGAAGCGGACGUCGAUGCACUGCGGGAAUCUUUAACGAAAUUUGCGCACGAACUGGACACGAUCAGCGAACGGGUGCAAAGCAGAACUAUGCAAGUGAUAAAAACCGACAUCAAACGACGAAUGGUGGUCCCAACAGAGCCGAUGCAGCGACACAACCUGCAGCCCAUCCCUAGUCCUUCGUUGCCCGGAUUGAAGCGACCAGCCGGAGGCCCAAUUCAAGUUCAGCCUCAGAUGCCGGCCAAGCGACUACUAUCUUCUACUACAAAGCCGCCCGGCUUCUCCUCAGCGCCAAUAUCACGGAUGGGUGGACUGGGCGGCGGAAUGUAUUCUACAGCUCGACAGGCAGGUUCCACGACCUACGCGGCGCCGAGACUGUUGAACACCCAGGUCGGCUCCUCCGUGACGAUAUCCUCGCAUUCAAGCAACGGGCCCCCUCAACGGACAGUCCCCAACGAGCAGUAUUAUUCCAGCCAAGGUGCCUAUAUACAAAACGGA